UACUACUAUGUCGCUACAGAGAACUCCCACGAAAUGUUCAUCGAACCCAGACUUAACUACAGAAAAUAUGCAGAGAUAUCCAUCACGAAAAAGAAAACAACCGGAAGAUUCUGCAUGCGAACAAAUAGAAAAACUCUCAGAAAGACUUUUUGAGAAGAUCAACUCAUGGAAAGCUGAUAUAGAUAGAGGGAUUUCAAGUAUUAAUAGCAAAAUAGAUACAGUGAUAAGAUGUGAACUGGACACAUUAUCUACACGUACAUUGGAUAUGCAGGAGGAAUUAAAUAAACUGCGCAAAAACUACGACAAACUCGAGUCAACAAUCUCCAAUUUACAGGUACGCCAAACUGAAGUAGUCAAAGAUAUUCUAGAUUUAAAGAAUAGUAUGGAAUUUCAAUCUAGUUCUCACUCUGAUUUACAAAAAAGCAUAUGUGAUUUGGAAUCUACAAAUAAAAUCCUGCUUACAACUGACAACAAGGUACAGAAUUUAAAUACACAGGUUGAUCAACUAAAAGGUGAAUUAAAUAUAUACCAUCAAAGGGAAAGGAUUCAUAACUUAGAAAUUAUCGGCGUGCCUGAAGCUAAAAAUGAAUGCCUAAUAGAUCUCACUAUUAAAAUUGCACAUCACGCAGGCGUUGUCAUCACCAGAGAUUGCAUAGAACAUGGAAAUCGCAUUCAACCAAGACAAAUCAUUCAAGGGCGACCCAGGGUAAUUGUAAUAAAAUUAAAAUCUCGGCUGCAUAAAGACAACAUCAUCUCUGGUUUACGAAAAUGUCAUGGAAUAAAGACCAAGGAUGUGGGUAUUCCAGGCGAAGAUCGUCGGAUCUACGUCAACGAACAUCUGACCAGUAAUAAUAAAUUACUACUUAAAAAGGUAAAAGAUAUAGCUAAAACAAAAUUAUUUAAAUAUGUGUGGGUAAAAAACUGUCAGAUUUUCGUGAGACGAAACGAAACUUCACCAGCUAUUUUAAUAAAAAACGAUUGCGACAUAUCAAAAAUCCGUUAGAAACAUUUU